AUGUUGUAUGUUCUCGACGAAGACUUGUGUUAUUUUGGAGGUGAAGUUAAAUAUCUGGACUGGAUAGAUCCAGAUUGCUUAUCUUUAUUUGAAAUGGAUGGAUAUCUUGUUGAGUUUGGCUUCUCAGAAAGUGUCAGAAUGAUGGAGGAAUAUAGGCUGAAGAAUGGUUGGGCAUACUAUUGGAGACUACCAGGAGAACGACUGAAGGAAGGGCUACAAGAAUUGAGAAGUGACAAAGACAUUAUGGACAUGGCUGCAAAGGUUAUUCAAGUCUCUAAGAGAUGUGGACAAGUGCUAUGA